UGUGGUUUGGACGCGGGUUUGGGAAGAAUUCGCAGGAUCGGAUGAGUAGUUACAGGAGUCGGAGUGAGCAACUUCUGGGUGAACUACUCUCUGGUGUAAAUGAAGACUACCUAGGUGUUGAUGCUCUGCCCUUCCUGUACCGAGUCCUCCACCAGCUAGCCUCUCGCUGGAACUCUCUCUCCCUACAACUGAGUGUCAGUGGCCAGGAUGAGAUCCAACGCAAUGCCCGCAGUGCCGACAUUUGUCUGGCAGUGAGUCUGGUGGAGUGGCUACAGAGUGGCCAGGCCACCUGGAAGGCUCUGGUGGAGGCUGUCUUCAGACCUGCUGGUGGGGGACACCAGGUCCUGGCCAGAGACAUCGCCAGGAACUAUAGGAGUCUGUGUGAUUUUAGACCAAACAGCAUUGCGGCUGCUGUGAAGCCUGUUGAGUUGGUGUCAUCAGAGGAGUCGUUGAGACUGGUACAGAAGAUGCUCAACAACUCUGUGGCUGCUCGCUGGUACCAGAUGGGUGUGGUAAUGGGGGUGCCCCCCUCUGAUCUGGAGAUAAUCAGAGAGAGUCCCGAGUACCACGGGGCAGGGGAGAGAGAAGCUGGCAUGUUGAAGGCCUGGCUGGAGAGAGGCUCUCUGCCCAGGACAUGGCAGACUCCACCCCCAGUCCUGGAGAGACCUGCAGUGUCAAGACCAGAUCAGGAGAGAAGAUUGAGAUCAUUCAAUCCCUUGGACCCAGAGUGGCGUCAUUUGGUGUCCACCUCAAACUUUGAGGACAUGGGGUCCAGCUGUCACUCGAGUAGGAACGACCAAGUUCUGGCUGAACUCUUGUCUUCAAUUGAUGAUGAACAUUCCUCGGAACAACUAGGUGUUGAUGCUCUGCCCUUCCUGUACCGAGUCCUCCACCAGCUAGCCUCUCGCUGGAACUCUCUCUCCCUACAACUGAGUGUCAGUGGCCAGGAUGAGAUCCAACGCAAUGCCCGCAGUGCCGACAUUUGUCUGGCAGUGAGUCUGGUGGAGUGGCUACAGAGUGGCCAGGCCACCUGGAAGGCUCUGGUGGAGGCUGUCUUCAGACCUGCUGGUGGGGGACACCAAGUCCUGGCCAGAGACAUCGCAAGGAACUAUAGAAGUCUCUGUAAGUUUAGACCCAACAGCUUUGCUUCCAACGUACAGCCAAUUGAGAUAGUGUCAUCAGAAGAGUCGGUGAGACUGAUGCAGAAGAUGCUCAACAACUCUGUGGCUGCUCGCUGGUACCAGAUGGGUGUGGUAAUGGGGGUGCUCCCCUCUGAUCUGGAGAUAAUCCGAGAGAGUCCCGAGUACCACGGGGCAGGGGAGAGAGAAGCUGGCAUGUUGAAGGCCUGGCUGGAGAGAGGCUCUCUGCCUAGGACCUGGCAGGUGGUUGUUGAUGCAGUAGAGGACAGAGCUGGUGGCAAUCAUAAAGUCCUGGCAAAACAGAUUGCCAGCUUUCCUCUGGAAUCGUUCCAGGUGAUGCCUAGUCCUGGCUCUCCAGUUACCAGUGCAGGUCAACCUGCUAAACAACCAGUAUCAGCCAGAUCAUUAGACUCCACCCCCAGUCUGAGAGACCUGACAGUGUUCAAGACUAGAUCAGGAGAGAAGAUUGAGAUCAUAAAGUCCCUGGCCCCAGAGUGGAAGUCAUUUGGUGUCCACCUCAACUUUGACGACAUGGGGUCCCAGCUGUCACUCAUUGAGGCUCAGCAUGGCCAGAGUAACCCACAGAGCUGCUGCCGGGACAUGAUGAUCCACUGGCUGCUGGGGAAUGGGGAGGGGCCCACCACCUGGAGAACUCUGCUGGCCCUGCUGGAGGAUGGCGAGAGGGCCUACCUCGCUGACUGCAUCAGGAGAGAACUACUCUCGUGACAUUUACACUACAGACAUCAUUGUUGUCCUUCAA